GUAAGAUCCUAAUUUUCCAUCAAUCCCUAAAGAUUCAAUUUCGGUCCGAUGGAGACGGGUCGUGUAUCCAUGAUCGUCGCGCCACCACCCCCACCGCUGCCGCCUACUUUUGUUGCUCCUGGAUUCCGAUUUCACCCAACUGACGAGGUGCUUUUGAGGUAUUACCUGAGGCGUAAGGUUUGUGGGAAGCCCUUUCAGUCUGAGAUGGUGCCGGAAAUUGAUAUCUACAAAUCUGAGCCCUGGGAACUCGCUGACUAUACUUCAGUGAAAUCAAGAGAACUAGAAUGGUACUUCAUCACUCCUACAGAUAAGAAGUAUGCCAAUAGUUCUCGAGUAAAACGAUCCACUGAACGCGGAUUUUGGAAAGAAACUGGGAAGAUCCGGGAAAUAAACCAAAAGUCUGAGAAGAUAGGGCAGAAGAAAACCCUAGUUUUCCAUAGUGGCCGAUCCCCUCAUGGCAUACGCACUAAUUGGGUAAUGCACGAAUAUAAACUUUUGGAUCAAGAAUUGCAAACAGCUGGAGUAGCACAGGAUGCAUUUGUGCUAUGCAGAAUUUUUGAAAAGAGUGGUAUAGGACCACGAAAUGGAGAUUGUUAUGGACCGUUUUUCGAAGAAGAAUGGGAUGAUGAGGAAGCCCUCAUUGUUCCCGUUCGAGACACAAUGGAAGAUGUGACAAAUGAUGAUGAAACUUCUGCCGAAAGAAACAACACUAUGCAGAUGGAUGCUCAAAUGAUCCCCAUUGCAUGCAAGAAGGUAAGAUUGGAAAAUGGUGUUUUAAAUUCUGAACCUGAGCUCGAACCUCUCACACUGUUUCACCACAAAACAUCAAAAGGAAGUGAUCCCAAUUCUAGCAAUGCAAAUGGUUCCCAUGAUUCAACCAUGACAAGUCAAGGUCAAACAACAACAAACCUUUUGUCUGCAUUUAUUACAACUAAAGAAACACAUCCUCCAGCCACCCCACCUUCAUUUGACGCUUCUGCCCUUGAGAAAUCUUUGCCUCCUGGGUACAUGGAGGUUAUACGUGACAUGGAGAACAAGAUACGAGAUGUUUCAAUGGAGAAGGAUGCCUUGAAGAUUGAAUUGAUGCAGGCUCAGGCAACAAUCAACGUUCUUCAUUCUCACAUUGAUCAGUUGAGCAAGGAGAACACCGAAUUGAAGAGGGGUGUUUAGGUAAUCUUGAAUUCAUGAUGCAGCUAAGGAACGCAAUGUUUAGGGGAGGGGAAUAAAUUCGGUAAAGUAAUGUUAUAGAUUUUAGUUGAACAAAACUUUGUAUGGAGAUUUUAAAGGCAUAAUGAUGGACUUUUUCGUUUAGAAGUUAUAAAAAUGUGCGAG